AUGGAUUCCAUCACUCUUUAUCAACUCCACCUCUUCCAUUCCAUUGAUCGUGAUCUCUUUUCAAGGCUAGUUACUACUUUAAAACAACAAGCAUCUCAAGCCUUGUUGAUCAUGGCUUUUUUGUUUUUUCUAGAAGAUGCAAAAGAUUUCAAAAUCAUAACAAAUUUAAUUGGGCUAUCAGAUAACCUUCUUGUUGCUGUAGUAAAUGAAGUUGCUUUGUGCAUCAAUUGCCUGAAAACUAAAACUCUCACAACUCACGGCGGUAGUCUUCAUCUCUUGUCAAGAAUGAUGGACAAAGAAAUAUCCUUGAAAACAAUUUACGACAUGAAAUACACCGCGAUUAGUGGUGUAAAAGUUUUUCUAAAUGAUGUUUGUGCAUGGAUAUUUACUGACAUUUUAAUAAAAGUUUUACCAAUACCCUCUAAUCUACACCUCAACCCCCCUCUUUUUGUUCCUGGUUUUCCUCAUCCUACCUUUGGUUCACUUGAAAUUUAUCUCCUACCUUUAAAUUCUAUAAUUCCUAUCAAUGGUUUAUUGGGUUCUAAUAAAAACAUCGAAGCUCCUAUCGAUGAUAGAACCCUCUUCCUCACAUUUUCACAAGGUUUUCCAGUUUCCGAAGGGGAAGUAAGGCAAUUUUUCACAAAAAUGUGUGGAAAUUGUAUAGAGAGCUUUCAGAUGGAAAUAAUCUUUAAAAAUUCAUCAAAAGUACAAUCUUUGUAUGCUCGAUUGGGGCUACGCUCUGUUGCCUACAUGGAUAAAAUUAUGGGUGGAAAACACGUUGCUAAGUUUCGUUCCAAAGGUAAACACAUUUGGGCUAGAAAGUAUGAGCGACGAGAUCCCUGA